UCAAGGUUUUGUGUAAAUAAUGUGAACAGAACAAUCGGUAAUCGAGUAGCGUGUAAUCAGUUGGUGUACUGCGUGGAGUAACGCCGGUUGUCAGCUGUAUUGUGCUCAAAUAGCAAACCUGUAAUGUUUACGAGUAUGUAAGUUUUUUAAAGUGAACUCUAGUGAAGAGUAUAAGAUGACACGAUCUAGCUACCGUCCACUUGUUCCCCGCUCUUCUAACAACUCUUUGGAGACAAGAGAAACAGAAUGUUUCUCGAGCUUCAAUGACCUGCAACCAGCAGAAGCUAACCAUCAAGAAAUGCCACCGAAGUCGACAUAUAGGACGACGUCGCCGCCUGGCGAGCCACUGGUAGUAGGCGGCAAGCCGCGUUGCCCGCCUGCGCUAUCGCGGCUACGCGUCGAGCGCGUCGAAGGCGGCCUGGCAGUGGCCGGCGUGGUCGUCGCCGCCAACUGUCAGAUCAUCCUGCCCAUCUUCGGCUUUCUCUUCAUGCUUGUCGGAUGCGUACUCACCGCUGCGUCGUACCGCGGCUGUGGUGAGAACGAGGAGCCUGACCACUAUGCAGCGCGUAUUGCAUUCACCGGAAACUCGCGCGUACUUGGCCCCGUCUGUAUCGUAGCCGGUGCACUCAUGACCAUCGCAGGUAUAGUACUGUGCAUGUUGAUGCGCGCUGCACAGCGCCGGCAGCGCCGCCUGGCGUUCCACUGCCCAAUACACGGAGACUUCUACCCGCUCAGCCCGCAGAACAGUAGGAAGUACUCUCGUAGCCCCCGAGGGCUGUGGCUGCGCGUGCGCACGUGGCUGGGGCUGGCGCCAGAGUGCGGGCCGGCGCGCUGCCCGCGGUCAGCAGAGCCCGCCUCACCCGCGCGCGCCGACGCCCCCUGCCCGCCACCCUUGCCCUUCCUGGUGCCGUCCGAUUCUGUAGUAGGGAUGGCAUCGGUGCUUGGAGCCCCGCUCAGCCCCGAGCAGACGUUCGGUUCCAUCAAGUCGCUGGCAAUAUCGCGUGAGGUCGCUAGCUUUCCACUAUCACGCUCGCCCACUCCGCCACCGUUAAGCUGCCCGCCGUUUAAAGACGAAACGAAGAAUUUUGAGAGCAUACCGAACGCGGUGAUGCCGAGAUCUGACCUCGAGAGCGGCGCCCAAGCCUUCAGCUACCGCGUCGUCGAGUGCAAGAUGACCACUGCGGAGGAGGUGCAGCGCGCCCCAAACAGCGCUCGCAGUGCCUCCGCAGCCCCCGCAGCCUUCACAGUCCCCACAGCCCCCGGCAACACCGCACACAACGACAGGCAGAGACCCAACACAGUGGCCGUCAUACCUCACGACGGCAAGGGUUAACACUAAACAAAACCAUAGACUAUUUGUUCAAAGUGUCAAUACUGAGGUUGGAGCGCUGUACAAACAAUCGGAAUGUGGUGCAUUAUGAAACAAUUUAUUAUUGUGUUCCUUUUGUACAAAAAAAAUGUGCUACAAAUGGUGAAUACCGCGCAUUUAUGUAUAUUGUUUGGUGAACGGACGAUCGGUAUUCGGUUCAUCUCGGUUCACUUCAUCUCCAUAUUUUAUUCUCUAUUCUGCUCAAAUGAUCACAUUCGUCUUCCGCUGCGCUCAUCUAUUUGACUACUUCCCAGAUUAAAAAAAAAUUAGAAUCCAUUUUUAAAAAUAAAUA